CUCCUUCCACCAUCUUGUCAUUAAUCCCCCUCCCCCAUCGAACUACAAGGCAAGAAGGGGGGGAAAGACAAUCCGCCGUCAUCCUUCUCCCGGCAGCCUUUCCCUGACCCGAAAACCCGCUCAUCGGAACCCCCUCACCCGGCGCGUCGAGCCCAGUCCGUACUCAAUGAGCUUCCCCCGCGAUGUCAGAGCGGCUGGGGCAGACUGCAAAAGGGAAGGAUGGCAAGAAGUACUCGUCCCUCAACCUGUUUGAUACUUACAAGGGCAAGUCCUUAGAGGUGCAGAAACCAGCAGUCGCCCCCCGCCAUGGCCUACAGAGUCUCGGUAAAGUUGCUAUUGCCCGGCGCAUGCCCCCCCCAGCAAACCUGCCUAGUCUGAAAGCAGAAAACAAAGGCAAUGACCCCAAUGUCUCACUAGUCCCCAAAGACGGAUCAGGAUGGGCAAGCAAGCAGGACACGCCAGAGCCAAAGAGUACCGAUGUCUCUCCAGCAGUGCAGCCGGAGUCGCAGCCACCGCCGGCUACGCAGACGCCUGCAUCAAGCCAGCCGAAGCGCCCCCCAGUUUCACAAGAGCCCCCCCCUCCGGUCGCCGCCGUGGUAAAGACCUGGGCACAGGCCAGCGUCACACAUGGAGCACAAGGGGAUGGUGGAAAGGCAUCAAACCGACUGUCGCCAUUCUCUCGCGAGGAAUUUCCAACCCUGCAGGCGGCUGGGGACCAGGACAAGAGUGGGCACGACCAGGGCACCUCCGCUGCGUCGUAUGGGCCCGGACCAAGCCUCCGCCCCCAGAAUGCGACGAACUGGAGGGACGGGGGUGGGAGGGGUGGGCUUGCUCCGGGCUCCAUGGAUGGUGAAAACCGCGAACUCCUAUCAGAUGCGGCUCACCCACCCAACUGUGAGCCGGCCCCCCGUCCAGGGCUGCCUGGCCCCACACCCCAACAGUUCCCUCCAUACCGGGGGAUGCUGGCACCAUUUAUGUAUCCCCCAUACCUACCGUUCCCUCCUCCUUAUGGGCCACAGGGUGCCUUCCGUUUCCAUGGACCGGAUGCUCCCAGGUUUCCACGACUGGCCCCUCCUCGUGCCCCUCACACAGCUCCCAGGAUGCCUGAUCCUGUGAAUCGCCCAUCCAUUUUGAAGCAAGAUGAUCUGAAAGAAUUUGAUGAACUUGAACAGGAAGCGGAUGAUGGAUGGGCAGGGGCUCACGAAGAGGUGGAUUACACAGAAAAGCUGAAAUUCAGCGAUGACGAGGACGGGAAAGAUACAGACACUGAAGAGAAAAGGGACUUUACAGACCCGAAAACUGAACAGGCGUCUGCCCCUCCGCCACAGAAGGUGGUCGAACCUUCAGAUGCACGGCAGGGUACUCCCACAGAGGAGAAGCCUCCUUCUGCUAAGGCAGCCUGGACAGAGGUGCCUAGAGCACCAGAACCCAUACAAGCGCCUGUCCCAACUGCCCCACCCGCUCAGAGGGGUGUGUCUUCCCAACGCGGGCCGCAGCCUGAACACAAGGAGAAGCAGACUGCGCCCCCACCAGUAGUGGAAGAUGAAGACGAGGCAUGGCGACAGCGUAGGAAGCAAUCUUCCUCUGAAAUCUCACAGGCAGUGGAACGUGCAAGGAGAAGGAGAGAGGAAGAAGAGCGCAGGAUGGAGGAAGAGAGGCGCGCCGCAUGUGCUGAGAAGCUGAAACGCCUGGAUAUGAAGAGGCGGCCUGCUCCAGAGGAGCCUGAAGCAGCUCCGAGAGUGCGAAGUGUAGGUGGAGAAGAGGCUGAGCAGCGCAGUCAGACUCCUCCAGUUAUGGAAACCCCACCUGCUGUUGUGACUGUGCCGCAGCCUGCAGCUGUUCCUAUACCUCCAGAAGCUCCUCCAGUGAAGGUAGAGCCAGCCUCCCCAUCCCAAGCAGACAUUAAACCGGAGCCAGCCCCACCAACCAGUCGCCCACCCCCUGCAGGGCCCUCGCAGGUGGGAUACAGCAAAUUUCAGAAGAGCCUGCCUCCUCGAUUUCAGCGCCAGCAGCAGGAGCAACUGAUGAAACAGUGGCAACAGAGCAGGGAGCCAACCCCUCCUUCUCCUGCUGGACCGUCUCCAACUUCUCACCCACCACCAGCGCCUUCCCAGCAGCCUCCUCAAAAAAACAUUUAUGGCGGAGGAGGUUCUCUAGGUCGAACUACUCCUGUAGCUGCUCCACAGCCUACAGCCCCCCUGCCACCUCCUCAUGUGAGCUAUGACCCUCGCUGGGUAAUGGUGCCACCUUUCAUUGACCCACGCCUCAUGCAGGGGAGGCCCCUGGACUAUUAUACCCCAACCGCAGGGGUACAUCCAACAGGGCUGAUGUCCCGGGAGCGUUCGGACAGUGGAGGUUCUGGGUCAGAUGGCUAUGAGCGUCACCCGCCACUUAUCAGGGAGCGUGGAACUCCUCCGACCGACCCCAAAAUUAUAUGGGGUGGUGAGAUGUAUAAUCCUCCUGAGGCAAGACCUCUUGCAUCUCCUCUGCGGCCUAAUCCAGAAGAGGAGGAAAGGGACAUUAGGAGUGAAACUCCCCCAAUUCGCACUCUUCCUCCACAACAUCCGCAGUCUUCCACAUACCUGGGAAAUUACUCUUACCCAGAAAAUGCUGCUGUGGCUACUCAGCAGCCACAUGUUGGACAUGGACAUCGCUACACUUUGGAUGAACAACGCACCUGGCAUCAGCAACAAAAUCAUGCUGCCCCACAGCAUCCCACACCUACUGCAACUGCUGAGCAGAGACGCCCUGAGGUGGUACCAUCUCCAGCCCCUGCACCUAUCCCCCAGCCUCGACCAGUGGAUGAUGAACCAGUCAUACUUCGGAGAGAGGUUUCCAUUCCUGCUUCUCAGCCAGAGGCAGCUUCCAAACCUGAGGCUUGCAAUGCACGACACAAGGAAGACAGGAAAGAAAUUGCUAAGGAAGAACCAGUUACAGAGAGACAAACUGGGAGACCUGAGAGACAAGGCGGUCGCCCAGAGUAUCACAAGCCGAUACCACGCCGUGAGUCCAAGACUGAAACACGCUGGGGUCCAAGGCCUGGAGGUGGAGGAAACCGAAAACAAGAGGAAACUGCUGCUGUUGGAGGUGGUUCUUCUCAAGCACCUUCCCAACGCCGAGUAGGCCCCAUAAAAAGAGCAGUAAAACGAGAGGAGACUGUAGCCACUGAGCGUCACGAAGGUAGAAUUACUCAAGCACCACCAGCUGCUUCAGAGCCACAAAAACCUAAGCAAGUUGGCCAGCCUUCCCGGGAAGGAGAACCUGCAGCAGUAUCACCCUCGCAUAGAAGGAAAGAAACAACCCCGUUGAUGACAGCCAGGGGCUCUCCUGCCUUGUCUUCAGCGUCCCGCGGCCGUGGAAGAGGGGAAUACUUUGCUAGAGGAAGGGGGUUCCGUGGGGCAUAUAGUGGACGAGGACGGGGAGGCAGGGGCAGGAGCCGAGAGUUUCGGGGUGGCUACCGUAGGGAGAGCCCCUUUUACAGGGAAGAUGGUGAUGUUGAGAGCAAAUCUAUACGUGACCCAGGAGGCCGGGAACGUAAUGCUAGUGAAACCCGGAGUGAGGGCUCAGAGUAUGAAGAGGUGCCCAAAAGAAGAAGGCAGCGUGGGUCUGAGACUGGUAGUGAGACUGAGCCAGCUGCAUCUGAAAAAGAAGUGGGAAAAGUAGGACUGCAACACCAUCAUCAACAGAAUGAAGUUUUGGUAUCCAACAAUCAGCGCCAUCCAGAUAAAGGUAGAGAUUCUGGCAGAGGUCGUACCUUUACACCUAGGGGAGUGCCAUCAAGAAGAGGUAGAGGAGGAGCACCUAUGGUGUCUGUAACAUGGAAUCCUCACCCUAAGCAUCAGCCCACACAACCUCAACUUCCUCCUACCCAGCUGCCACCUCAGCCACAUAAACCAGAGAGGAAAAAUGAAAAGGUGCUGAUCAGUGAAGGACCUCCUGUUUCCAACGAGGAACGUCCACCACCACCACCCAGGAGGCGACGUCACCAUGGAAGAUCUCAACAGCAAGAUAAACCUCCCCGAUUCCGUAGACUGAAACAGGAGAGAGAGAAUGCUGCUCGAGCAGGGAAUGGAGGAGGGCAGCAGCCACCGCCAACACAGCAGCAGCUCACGCAGGAGCAGCACCAACGUCCUGCUCAAAAUGAGGAGGAUCGUAUAAUUGUUCGCAGAGGGCAUAAAUCGCCCGAGCCAUGUAAUGCCAAUUCCGAUCAGGCUAAUGAAGAGUGGGAGACAGCUUCUGAGAGCAGUGACUUCACAGAAAAAAAGGAGAGAGGCGAGGUUCUUCAGAAUGGAGGCAGCAUUACUAGUUCAACCAUUAUAGGAGGAGGAAGAGAUCAAAGGAAGGAUUUAUCAAAAAGAAGCUUCUCCAGCCAAAGGCCAGUUAUGGAAAGGCAGAACCGCAGACCCAUGCAUCCAGCCGGGCCAAGAACAGGCCGUGGGGGAGGAGGUGGCGGUAAAAGUGGAGAAAAAAGAAACUGGCCUUCUCCUAGAAAUAGAGGGGGAAGGACAAAUGAAGACCGCCCUCCACCUUCAGUUCCUCUGUCACAUCCUGCUUCCAGCACUAGCGCUGUGUAUCGUGUAGACCGGGUCAUCCACAGCAACCCAGUGGGCAUACAGCAGGCACUGAAUGAACUUGGACAGAGACACAACAAACCUGCCCCUGCAAACAAUAACAUUGAUUCCUCUGGAGGGCGCUGUCAACAACGAGCAGACUCUCUCCUUGAUACUCGCCAUGAAUCCGUAAAUGAAACAUUUGCUGUACCAUUACCAAAACGCACAACGCGGCCUCGGAGAAGCAGAGAUAUAGCACCAGAGAAUGUGCACUUUUCUGGAGCACCUGUUAGCAGUAGGCGCUGGCAAGAGUCGGUUACACAGAAUCACCACCCAGAAACCCUUGCUCCACGUGUCUGGAGUAGAGAUCAGAGCAAUGAUCGAGGCAAAUUGGGUCCAUCUUACUCCAUGGAGCCAUGGAUGGAGCCUCUGACUGGCUAUGAAGAUCCUAUAAACACAGAGAUGAGUCAAUCAGACAGCGGAGUUGAUCUCAGCAGUGAUUCCCAGCUCUCUUCCAGCAGUUGCAGCCAACGUAGCUCCCCUGAUGGUGGGAUGAAACCUGAAGGAGGGAAGAGAUCUGGACGCCCAGUGUCCACUGGGCAAUCACAACAGGGACACCCCCAAGUGAUGGUUCCUCCCCCUGAUCCAAUUGGAAUGGAGCGUGCCCAAAAGCCUAUGGCAGAAGGUCCUCUUGGACCAAGUGCUCCCUCUUGCCUUCCAUCUGCUCCACACUCCCCCAGUCCUCAGGAGCCCUGCCACCCAGCUGACAGCACGAAGUAUGGCAGAGAAAAACAAGGUGGUGCUAGCCAACAGUCAUGUAUGGUGGCCUCCUCUCCUCGCACAUGGGAUAUUCCUCCUCAAUUAGCAACAGCUGAGCACCAGAUGGACCACCGACAACUGGCUCUCUCACCCAGCCACCCGGAAGGCUCGAGACACCCAUUACCAGAUGAUCGCAGUCAGAGAAUCUUUUCCAACCAGUACUACCAGCUGGAUCUUCAUGUCACCACUACGGGCAAUGGGUAUAGACCUGGGACACCGUCUCUGCAGCAGUACAGAUCCCAGCCUCUGUACCUUCACGCAGCUCCGUCCCCAGGCUCGUCACCUGCUCUGCUUCCAGGCUCUGCUGUCCUUUCUGGCAUUGCCCUGAAAGGCCAGUAUGUGGAUUUCAGUGACCUGGCAAAGGUACCUGCAGGGAGCCUUCUGUACCCUGCGCCUGCGUUUCUCUACAGCGGCCAUUACUGCCCUGCCCAAGUCAGCACGGAGCAGCAGCAGCCGCUUAUGCAGGUCAGACAGGAUAUGACCUCAGCCUCUGAUUAUUACUCUCCUUCCCUUCAUCACACAGGGCAGGGAGGAUAUCUGCCGCCAGCUGCAACCCAACAGGUUCUUCUCUCCAUGGUGGACUCCUCCCUUCCAGUCAUGGGAUUUGGUUCUCUCUCUUCUGCACCACAGCAGCCUCCCCUUGUUCCCAUGGGACAAGCAAUGCAGCCUCUCCAGCAGGUGUCUGCUACAGACAGAUCCCAAUCCCACCUGAGAAAUGAGUUUCAGACACAGUCGCCUGAUAUAAAGCAGCCAGAGGAUCACAGGAGGGCUGUGGGAGGAGCCGGACCUUGUAUCCAAUCAUCAGGAGGAAGGUCGAAAUCUUCAAAUUCAAACUAUGGAAUUGUCCGAAAUCAACGUUUUGAUGUGUAUCAGCAGGCUCUACCUCCCGAAGCCUCACGCUGGACACUGAGAUCUUGGGACAGACCACCAACUCGGGAUGCUGAACCCCAUAAUGCCAGAGACGCUCACAGCAGUUCCACCCCUGCCCCUCGAGACCCCUGAUUUACCCUGCCACUUGAUCCUUUAAAGUAGCCCGGCAAAAUCAGACGUAAUAUUUUUUUCUCUUGGCAGAAUUAAUGGGAAUCAUUUGUGAUGGGGAAAUAGAAACUAGGGGGGGAGGGAAAGGGGUCUCCUGUCUGGUCGAACUGGCUUGAAAUAUUGUAAUUCCCCAUGAUAUAUUAAAGUCCAGACUCUCACUACUAUAUUUUCCUCCUCCCCUCUUUCAAUACUCCUCUGCAACUUCAUUUUUUUUUUCCUGCCCAUUUUUUUUUUUCUGACAAAUAAAGAAUAUUUUCUCCCAUA